GAGAGAGAGCGAGAGAGAGAGAGAAAGAGAGAGAGCACCGAUUGGAACAAGCUGGGUGCGGAGGUCGUAGAAGUAUUGGUCCUAAAAAGAUACUAAAUUGCUGAAUUACAGCAAUUUAACGCCGAAACAUCUUCAUUUUGAUCAAGCAAAAUGUCAUCGUCGGGCAAAGACAACAGCGCUCAACAUGCCAAUUAUGUGGGACCGUAUCGCCUGGAGAAGACGUUAGGAAAAGGACAGACAGGUCUGGUGAAGUUGGGUGUUCACUGUGUUACAUGUCAGAAAGUUGCCAUAAAAAUCGUCAACAGGGAGAAGCUGAGUGAAUCUGUCUUAAUGAAGGUGGAGAGAGAAAUAGCUAUUCUGAAGCUCAUUGAACACCCUCAUGUACUGAAGUUGCACGAUGUCUAUGAAAAUAAGAAAUAUUUAUAUUUGGUUCUUGAGCAUGUAUCUGGAGGUGAGCUGUUUGACUACCUGGUUAAAAAAGGCAGAUUAACACCCAAAGAGGCCAGAAAGUUCUUCAGACAAAUCAUCUCGGCUUUGGACUUCUGCCACAGUCACUCAAUAUGUCACAGAGACCUGAAGCCUGAAAACCUUCUGUUGGAUGAAAAGAACAACAUAAGGAUAGCAGACUUUGGAAUGGCUUCUCUGCAGGUUGGAGACAGUCUCUUAGAGACCAGCUGUGGCUCUCCUCACUAUGCCUGCCCAGAGGUGAUCAGGGGGGAGAAGUAUGAUGGCAGGAGAGCGGAUGUGUGGAGCUGUGGAGUCAUUCUCUUUGCUCUGUUAGUGGGAGCUUUGCCAUUUGAUGAUGAUAAUCUGCGGAAUUUGCUGGAAAAGGUGAAACUGGGUGUGUUCCACAUGCCACACUUCAUCCCUCCAGACUGCCAGAACCUUCUGAGGGGAAUGAUCGAGGUGGACGCCUCCAAGAGACUUACGUUAGAGCAGAUACAGAAACACCCAUGGUACAUAGGGGGAAAGAAUGAGCCCGAGCCGGAGCAGCCGGUCCCGAGGAAGGUUUCGAUCCGCUUGCUGGCGGCGGCCGAGGACAUCGAUCCAGAUGUGCUGGAAAGCAUGCACUCGCUGGGUUGCUUCAGAGACAAAAACAAACUGAUGAAAGAUCUGCUUUCAGACGAUGACAACCAGGAGAAGAUGAUUUACUUUCUGCUGCUGGAUCGAAAGGAGAGGUAUCCCAGUCACGAGGAUCAGAACCUGCCCCCACGCAACGACAUUGACCCCCCAAGAAAGCGUGUGGACUCCCCCCUGCUCACCAGACACAACAAACGGAGGCCAGAGCGGAAGUCCAUGGAGGUGUUAAGUGGGACAGAGGGGGGUUCACCAGUACCUGUCCGACGAGCCAUCGAUAUGAACCAGCACGGACAGAGUAAGUCUGUGUUCAGUAAAAGCUUGGAUAUCACAGAUGCCAACCCCAAACUACAGAGCAAAGAAGAAAGGUCACGGUCAAUCAGUGGAGCUUCCUCUGGUCUUAACACUAGCCCCCUGAGUAGUCCACGGCCUGUUCGGCGCUUUUUCGUACCUCCGCAGUCCUCGGAGCUCACUCAGUCGCCCAAUCACAGUCCUGCUCACACCCCAGUGUCACAUCUCAAUGGAACUGGUCCACAUUCUCCAAACUCCUUCCAGCCAAAGACAGGAGACCUGCUACUCAAUCCCAAAACGCAGACACUCCCAGCAAAGCCCAAAGUAGCCAACAAACCACUACAGACCACAAGAUCCAACCCCCUCCCCAGCACAACAGCCCCUCCAUCAGCAGCCAAAUCAGAACCAUCUACACCCAGCCAGCCUUCGCCCCCACCCAUCCCAAACAGCCCUAAGAUACGCAGACCCCCCCUCACCGUGCCCCCAAAACUGUCCGUCGCCCUCUCUCAAACGCCCCCUCUCUCCCCUAUUCGACGACAUCACCAUCUCCACCACCAGGGGGCGGGGACUGACCACAAUGGCAAAUCUGUCAUACAGGUGACUCCUCACCCCUCUCCGAGGGGCAGUCCCCUCCCUACUCCUAAAGGGACGCCUGUGCACACGCCCAAAGAGAGUCCUGCCGGAACCCCCAGCCCUACGCCACCCCCCAGUCCCUCCAUUGGAGGCCUUCCGUGGAGGACACGCCUCAAUUCCAUCAAGAACAGCUUCCUCGGCUCACCGCGGUUCCACCGCAGGAAACUUCAAGUUCCCACCCAAGAAGAGAUGUCAAGCCUCACUCCAGAGUCUUCUCCAGAACUUGCCAAAAAGUCUUGGUUUGGUAACUUUAUUAAUUUGGAGAAGGAGGAGCAAAUCUUUGUGGUGAUUCGGGACAAACCGCUGAGCUCCAUCAAAGCAGAUAUUGUCCAUGCUUUCCUAUCAAUUCCCAGCCUCAGUCACAGUGUUAUCUCCCAGACGAGUUUUCGGGCUGAAUAUAAAUCAACGGCUGGGCCUACUGUAUUCCAGAAACCUGUGAAAUUCCAGGUGGACAUCACAUACACGGAGAGCACAGCAGCACAGAAGGAAAACGGGAUUUAUUCUGUCACAUUUACACUGCUCUCAGGUCCUAGUCGGCGGUUUAAGCGGGUAGUGGAGACGAUUCAGGCUCAGUUGUUGAGUUCAAAUGAUCAGCCAGGGGUUCAGCAGCUGUCUGGCAGUCCAUUGAGUAACUUCUUUGACGUAAUAAAACAGCUAUUUUCAGACGAGAAGAAUGGCCAGGUAGCCCACGCUGCAGGCACGCCCAAACACGCUGCCAACAAGAGACGCGACCCUGAAAACAGUGGCUCCAAAUUCCCGUCUGGCAAAGACUAA